GUUACUUUUGGAGCAUCCUCUUUUGAGAUCAUUCAAGCUCUCCAUAAACCGAAAGAUUGGCCAGCUAUGAUAGGUCAUAUUGCCGAGUUGUUAAGCUUUACAAAAGAUAAAUCCAAUUGGUUUAUGGUAAUGGAACCUCCAAGCUGUAACAGAGGAGCGUUUGAAAUAGCAAAUAGUGUAAUAAAAGGAUUACGUUUACAAUCCUAUGUUGCUAGUGGUCAUCCUCAAUGGCUAUCAGAGUUAUUUGCUAAAGAGUGUGUUUUUUGAAAAAAACGAAGACUGGAUAUAAACACGAGAGUAUCACACGCUGGGUGUGACCUGAAGUUGAAGUAGAAGGUUACAGUUUUCAUCCUUGACUUUCUAAGAUCAGUCAAAGUCGGUUGUGACAGAAGGUAACUUCAGAAUCAGGAAUGGUAUCUCCACUUAAAAAUUACCUAGAGUGAAAGGUUUGUUUUUUGUCCUCUUUGCUGGCAGCUUGCAUGAAGAGGUUGUUUUCAUAAUAUUAUCCUUUGUUUUCUCCUUGAUAAGAUUUAGUCUUGUUGACUGUUAUUUUAUCAAUGUGAAAAUUUCUACGCUAUCUCCUUAGGUUUUUAACCUUUUCUUCUUUUAACUUCUUACAAUAUCUUUCUAUUAUCUCCAUAAAACUUUCCUUAUAUCUAUUAGCAAACCUUCCUCUUAAGUAUCCCCUUAAUUUUCUUAUAUCUCUACUACUUAUAUACCCUUUUAGUUAACCUUUCUACCCAAUACUUCCCUUCUCUCUCUCUUUUCUACCUCAGUCUUCUCCUCAUCUGUUUUUUUUUCUUUUUAAAUACCUUUUCAUGGCUGAUGAGAUGUGGAAUGAAAUUCAGAACUUGGUUUUGGGACGUGAUGAUCCAGAAAUACUCAUCCCUCAUUCUGCAUAUGCAGCAGCUAUAACUCGUAACAGGCUAAGUCUGAUAGCUAGACCACUGAAUCCAAGUGUUCAGAAUUUUCAGACUGUGAUAUCCUCCUUACCAAGGUCGUGGGGUCUAGCUUCACAAGUUCAUGGAAGAGUUCUGGAUGGUACUUUUAUUCAGUUUCUUUUUCAAUCAGAAGUUGAUCUUAUCUCAGUGCAGAGAAGAGAACCAUGGAUUUUCAAUAAUUGGUUUGUUGCUGUCCAAAGAUGGGAGGACUUUCCAAGCUUAGAUUUUCUAACAACUAUCGAUCUCUGGGUUCAAAUUCGUGGCAUCCCAUUACCAUAUGUCUCUGAUGAGACAGUCGUGCUUAUAGCGGAAAGACUUGGAGAAAUAGUGACAGUGGAUUUUCAUGAAGCAACAACGACUCAGAUAGCUUGUAUCAGAGUAAGAAUCAGGUUUGGAAUUACUGAUUGUCUACGUUUCUUUCGAAGAAUCAGGUUUAGAUCUGGAGAAACAGCAAUGAUACGCUUUCAGUAUGAGCGUCUGAGAAGAAUUUGUAGUAACUGUUACAGAAUGACUCACCAUAGGAUUCAGUGUCCGUUCCUUCAGCGUAUCCCGAUUAAUAGAGUCAACCCUGCAAUUUCCGAAAGACUUGAUCAGAAUAGAGUGGUUCAGAAUGAUGAGUUAAACAGGGAUGAUAUCAAUUCACAAUCCCAUAUAUCAGAUACAUCAUUUCCAGCACCAAGGUCUCAACCUCCAAGAGUGGAAACUCCUCCUCUUAAUCCAGAGGAAAUAGCAGCAGCUUCGCCUUACUUUCCAGAGUUCAAAGCUGAAAAUGUUCAACAUUUUGCAGUACCAAUACCAAAAAGGGUAUCAAGUAUCAGAGUACAAUCCUCAAACUGCUCUAAUGUGACUCCAUUUAAUGAUCAUGAAAGCACUGCAAAAGAGAUAAAAAAUGCAGGAAUUGGACAAACAUCUAAAUUUGAAGUAGGAGAGUCAUCGAAACAUCCAAGAUCAGAGAUAGCUAAAGAUAAAGAAAGAAAACAAAAGCAAAAGAUACAAGAGUACAAAGAUGGAGGAAUUCAGAUACCUCCGAAGAAGAGAUAAAGACACUCUACAAUCACUGUCAAGGUUUUUUGGGAACCUGCGGUAUCUUCGAAGCAGGAAUAGUAGAAAGUUAGUUUACUUUUCAAGCAUGGUUUGCAUUUUUUGAAUCCUGCCUAUCUACAGCAGAAGGAAGAUGAAGAAAUGGCCGCAGAUCAGUCUACUGAUCUCUGUUUCAUCUUUUAGCUUAAUCGGUUUGUUUACCAAUCUAUAAGUAACUUUAGAAGAAAAAAGGCGUUGGCCACUUUGAGUUAUGCAACAAUGAGAUUAUCUUUCUUCAUGUGAUAAUCCAAACUUUGUAAUAGGUGAAAAGUAGAAGCUUCCACAGCUGUAAUUUUGGUUCAUGUUAUAUAAAAUCAGACUUGGUGGAAAAAAAAAAAAACCUAUUUAUUUAUCAUGGGUGCCCAUGGAACUGUAAUAAAAUAUUGUCAGAUGUACGCGU